AACUGGAAGGGCAAAAAAACAAGCGUCUGGAAAGUAAAAAGGCGCUGAAUUUUUGAAGAACUUAAGAAAUUCGAGCAAAAUAAGUUAAAACAUGGCUAUAAUCGUGGUUGACGAGUCUUACGAAAAGCGGGUAAGGGCUAUGUACGAGAAGCAAAUACGAAUGGAGGCCCGUGAGGCGAGCGUCAUCAAGAAAGUCUCGAAAUUCAACAGCAAUUUGCUGGAUGCCAAGGAGGCAGUGGUGCGCCAUCAUCAAAAAGUGGGAAAGUUUGAAAAAGUUAAAACUCGGCGCCGCGAGGAGAUGGAAAAGCGAGCUUCCUUCUUGGAGGAACUUGCUCAGAAACUGGAGGCCACCAAACAGAGGAAUUUGGUGAUGAAAGAACAGAUUAAGCAGCUGAAAAUGUUGGACAGACAGCGCAAAAAUGAAAUCAUGGAGAGCAUUCACACGCUGUCGAAGACGACGGGGACCUAUAUAAAUCAGCAAGCGCUGCCGGCACGUGUGAAAGGUGUCACUGUACUGCGUGAUGAUAAUGGCGACCAGUUGAUACCCUUUGAUAUGAAGGCAACCGAUGUGGAAGGACUGGAGUCCCUUUGUCAGCAUCUUCAAAGCCUAAAUGUCGACGUAGUUCAGUGGCGGCAGCUAGUCUCCCUGGCCACGGAAGCAGCUACGGAUUCUCAUGCUUCUAGUACGCCGCCCAAGGAGAGCGCCAUGUGCAAGUCCAUAAUUGAUCUCACCUCGCCGACGAGUCAGAACUGAGUUCCGAUUAGCCUGUUGAAGCCCCAUUGCCAUUAUAGCACUUCAAAUUGGCGGUUUAAAUAGUUGGCGACAAAAUAAUAGCAUAGUUAAUUCUAAUUGCUAUUUAAACCGUUUAGCGGUCUUAUCUGAAGUAAUGCAGUUAUUUUUAGCGUGUUAAGCACCUUUUUAAAUAGCAUUCGUAGUUAUUUUCCUUUGUUCUACGAUAAGAUUCACUGAUAAAUAUAUUUACAAAAAAAAAAAAAAAAAGUAAAAAGUUAAA